AGUGGAUGAUGCUCAAAUACUGAUUCACUAGGAUGUGCCUUAAACUUUAUCGUGCAACCAGGACAAUGAUAAUCGUGACGAUUCUAGUGCUUGUGAGUGUGGUGGGUGCGAACGUGAACACCACGGAGGUGACCAGGGGACAGUCCCGGAUGGCGUGGCUUCGGACCCUGAUGGACCACCACGACUGGCCCGCGUAUGUGGACAAAGAAGGCAUCGCCCUGCCUCCACAGUGCAAGGACGACCUGAAGACCUAUUUUGCGGCAUUAAAUGAUGGCAAAGUGUGGGCUUCGAAAAUAUACGACGCGUCAGGGCAGUACAACCAGAACGUGAUGUUCGGCAACGAGUACUGGCUGGGCUCGCUCAGCUCGUGCCGCGACCUGCAGCUCAAACAGUACUACGCCUCCACGCCGCCCUUCGACACCAACUUCCACAUGGUCAGGAUCAACGUCACGCUAGAUGAGGAUCACUUGCCCCAGAGCAGAGUGAUCCUGGUGGGCGAGUGUCUACCAGCGUCGUGCAAUGAGUCUGCCAUCCUGGCCAUCAUGAGCGAGGCGGAGGCGGCGGCGAGCGCGCGGGCGGCUGCCGCUGGCCUGCCGUCCUCCGUCAGAACCGUCGGCGUGCGCCCUGUACCCAGCUCAUACAAUAUACUGCACGACACAAAGCUGCAUAUUUUAGGCACCGUAUCCAUUAUAGUUUUCUUGCUGAUGGUGACGGCUUCUUGCUACGAGGGCUACUUAGAGCGCCGAUUCAAACAGAGCGCCGACCCGCGCGACCUGGAGCUGGCACAACACGAUAACAACAACAAACCGGUCAGCGACGGCACACAUCAAGCCGAUGGGAACUCAACCCAAGACAAUCAAGACAGAGACCUUCGGCGGGAAACUUGCGGGACAUGGGCCGAGGUGCUACUGUCGUUCUCGAUGCUGUCGAAUGGUCGCGCCAUCCUCAGCACGCAUCGCCCCACCGACGGAGCGCUCACUUCACUACAUGGAAUCAGAUUCUUAUCAGUGGUAUGGGUGAUAAUGGUACACACUUACCUGACUGUAUUCUACAUCUCUACGAACAAGACAAUGAGAACUAUAAUAGAACGGAACUUCAUGUACCAAUCUGUUGGCAACGCUUCCUAUUGCGUGGACAGUUUCUUCUUCAUAAGUGGCCUACUUGUUACAGUCCUGUUCCUAAGAACCGAAGACAAAAAGGCCGCAAGAAGAGAAGAAGUGAAGCAGCAGAAAGAUAAACAGGACAUUAAUAAAAAUAUGAACGGUUACACAAAUUCCGCUUUAUCGGUAUCCGUCAUAAGCCAGAGUUCGUUCUGUCAGGACUUACUAGAGAAACCUAAAGGAAAGUUAUAUACGAAGGGCGAAUUUUUCAGUCUAAUCAAGAAUUUUGUGGUUCUAUUUUUCUAUCGAGUUGUGCGACUGUCACCAGCGUACGCCUUCGUGAUUGGUUUAAACGAGAUCACUCUUCGGUAUACCAACUCGCACUCAGUGUUUGAGCCGGCGCAGUACGACCACAUCACUUGUGAUCAGUUCUGGUGGAGAAAUCUACUCUACAUCAACAACCUUUACUCGCAGCGUGAAAUGUGUAUGGUUUGGUCCUGGUACAUGGCCAACGACACGCAAUUUUAUGUCGUCGGCAUAUUAUUACUAUUGAUAUCAGUGAAGCAUCCAAAGUUUGCAGUGGGCUCGCUGGGCGUGAUCAUGGUGAGCUCCUGGGCCACCACCAUCUACAUCUCCGUGUCGAGCAUGUACAAGGCUCGAAUACAGGAGCCGUUUGAAAUGUUCGACGGGCUUUACGACAAACCCUGGUCCAGAAUCGGUCCCUAUUUAGUCGGUAUGAUUGUGGGCUGGUACUUGCACAAGACGAAGUGCCAGGUGAAGAUGCCAUACUGGCUAGUGGCGGUGGGCUGGCCGGUGGCGCUCGCCAUCAUCGGCAGCCUCAUCUUCGGGAUGGUGGACGGCUACUUUGAGGUCUGGCCGACCGCUUUCUACGUCAGCGUGGGACAUACAGCGUGGGGCGUGGCGCUGGCCUGGGUGAGCAUCGCGUGUUGCUGCGGCUACGGCGGAUUGGUGAACUCGGUGCUGUCGUACCGGGGGCUGUUGCCGCUGAGCAGGCUCACCUACUGCGCCUACCUCGUACACCCCACCAUCAUGAUGUACACCUGCUUUCUUCUGGAUGGACCCUUCCAUUUGCAGAACUCUAUGGUGAUAAUUUCGUACUCAGGGUACGCGGUGAUGGCGUUCGUCACGUCGUUCGUGAUCUCGCUGGCGUUCGAAGCGCCUGUCGUGCGGCUGCUCAAAAUCGUCAGCGGCGGACACCGCAAAAGCAAAAGCCAUUAAAUACGCUUCAUAUAGUUGUAAUAAUAUUUAGACGCGGUAAAUAGCUAGAAUAAGUUAAGCGUUUCGUUUUCGUCCAUAUUGGAACGAGACUAUGUACUGAGCUAUUUGUGGUAGCUGCGUAGGUUUAUUUAUACAUACAUUAUUAAUCAAUGUCGUGGUCACCGUACAAAAUAAUAAAAAGUAUGCGGCGGCGUUGCAUGGUACAGUGGACUUCAGCUGAAUCUGGACUAAAUUGAUAUUCAGAGCACGUGGAGAGCAAUGCCUUGCUAGUCGCAGCCUGCAAAUUGGGAAUCCGGCCUCUUUAGACCAACCAACGGAGGCGUAUCUACACCUCAAAGUAUUUAUUCAAUCUUGAAAGUAGAAUUUGAACCAAUUACGUAAUAUAUAUGUACCGAAUAUACAUACUUAUUGAAUAUUCCAAGAAAUGACACUUUUUUACAUUUCAGAUUAUUGUUGGAUUUAUAAACUGUUUAGAACAAAUGUAAAUAAAAUAAUAACGAAAGGGGAGUGGGAUAUUGGAAACUGUGAUAUUAUACGAUACGAGUAACUACAGAGUUUCCAGCCGUGCUCUCAGGUGGUUAUGUUAAAUUAGACUUGUAUAUUUUCUAGUAUUGUUGUAAAUUUGGAAGGGAACGAAAUAAGGACCCUUUUAAUUACCCCGUGAGUAGUUCUAUUUUUGCCAGAGUUAAAAAAUCAAAUAUUUUUGAAAUAAUAUUUUUGUGACGUUGUCAUAUCAAUUAGCGUUGGAUAUUCCCAAUACCCCACCAUUCCGUACCUUACCGUCUAAAAAGAUUAACAUAUCUCUCUACAUCUCAUUGUAUUAAGAUGUAGUUAGUGUUCUGAAAGUGACACGAAAAACGUUAUUUUAUUAAUAGCUGUAGGUAUUGAUUGAUUGUGAAAAAUUUACGUAGUAACAUUAUUACGUUAGUAGAAGCAUAGUUAAUGACCUGUACUUAGUCUUAAGCUAUUUGAUUCCAUUGUGUUGCGAAAAUUAACCAGAGUAGACCAAUAAAUGAACGAUUAAGCGACUGCCCGCAAAAAUAUUAUUUCAUGCAUGUACCUUAAAAAAGCGGCCAAGUGCGAGUCGGACUCGCCCAUGAAGGGUUCCGUAACAGUAAGUAACAUAAUAAAAU